AUGAAAGUUAUUGAGUUUGUUGACAGUGGUGAAUUUUCUGAAUUCCUUCAAGUCAUGGAUGAUGGAGAGAGAGAUUUCUCUGGCCAAGUCUUAAAGAUGGAUAAUCAAUUACUGACAAUGGAUAGUUUUUUGGAAGAUUUACUUGCUGAUAGUCAUGCAAGUAUGAACCCAACAAGAGAAGGUGCACCUGACCCACAAAACAAUUUCCACCUCCGUACCAAAAACCUUCCUGUUGGAGAGAAGACCACUACCGAGGAAACGUAUGACUCUGCUGAAAUUAAAUCCAAAAAACGUGCACCUGGUAAUAGGGAGUCUGUGCGUAAGUACCGCGAGAGAAAGAAAGCCCGUAUAGCUUCAAUGGAGGAUGAACUAAUCAAAUUGAGAAUCGUGAAUCAGCAGUUGUUAAAAAGGCUGCAGGUACAGGUUGCACUUGAGCAAGAGGUACCUAGGCUUAAGCUUCUGCUUGUAGACAUUAGGGGAACUAUUAAAGGCGAACUUGGAUAA